CGGAUGGAUACAUAGGUAGACCAAUAAAGGCCAAACAAAUACAAAGACUUCGCGUGCCUUUUGUUCAUUACGUUCGCGAAAGCCCACAAAGGCAACGAAAUUAGACAAAAAAAUAAAAACAAAAACAAAAAAAAAAGAACAUUUACAUAACAAGUCAUAAAACGAGAUUGGCCCCCAUCAUACUCACCUGAACCAUUCCCAGCUUCGAGAUGUUGCGAUUAAUGCGUAAUCCGGUUGCCAGCUCCGUUAAAAGCCAUGUCCGUGAAAUUGGCAGCGUGGUCAUGCAGCCAAAGCUGAAAGAUUUCAGCAUCAGCAAUGAGCCCAUAUUGGCCUAUAGGAAGGGCUCGCAGGAGCGCGCGGCUUUGAAGGAGGCUUUGAAGACCACGGCGGCAACAUGCACUGAGGUGCCCAUUGUUAUUGGCGGCAAGGAGUACAAGACGGACAAGGUGGUGUAUCAGGUGAUGCCGCACGACCACGCCCACAAGCUGGCUGCCUUCUACUAUGCCGAUAAGAAACUGUUAGAGCUGGCCAUCAAAACGGCUGUGGAGACACAGACCAAAUGGGAUCGUGUGCCGUUGGCCGAUCGCUUGGCCAUUUGGGAACGGGCCGCCGACUUGAUGGCGGGCAAAUAUCGCCAGGAGCUGAAUGCGGCCACCAUGUUGGGCCAGGCCAAGACGGUCAUCCAAGCCGAAAUCGAUGCGGCAGCAGAGCUGAUUGAUUUUAUACGCAUUCACGCCUACUUCCUUAAGGAGUGCGUCAAGUAUGAGCCCAUCAGCGAGAACCUGAAGGUCACGAAGAACUCUUUGCGUUAUCGCGGCAUCGAUGGCUUCAUCGCCGCAGUCAGUCCGUUCAACUUUACUGCCAUUGGCGGCAAUUUGGCCUACACGCCCGCAUUGAUGGGCAACGCUGUGCUGUGGAAACCUUCGGACACGGCCCUGCUGUCCAAUUGGCGCAUUUUCAACAUAAUGCGCGAGGCUGGCGUGCCCGAUGGGGUUGUCAACUUUGUGCCGGCUGAUGGGCCCGUGUUCGGGGACACGAUUACCGCCUCACCCCAUUUGUCGGGCAUCAAUUUCACCGGCUCGGUGCCUACAUUCCAACGACUAUGGAAACAGGUGGGCGACAAUCUCCCCAAAUAUAUUAAUUUUCCGCGCCUCAUUGGCGAAUGUGGUGGCAAAAAUUUCCACUUUGUGCACGAGUCGGCGGAUAUUGAGACAGUUGUGACAUCCACAAUACGCUCGGCCUUCGAGUACAGUGGCCAAAAGUGUUCAGCCUGCUCGCGCAUGUAUGUGCCCGAGUCCUUAUGGCCGCAGAUCAAGGAAGGACUCUUGCGCGAGAUAAAGCAACUGAAAAUCGGUGACGUUCAGGACAUGGCCACGUUCACAUCGGCUGUCAUCGAUGACAAAGCAUUUAAACGCAUUACAGGCUACAUUGAGCACGCCAAAAAGAGCUCGAAUCUAGAGAUCCUUGCUGGCGGCAAUUAUAGUGAUAGCAAGGGUUACUUUAUCGAUCCAACAAUAGUACAAACCAAAGAUCCCAAGGAUCGGAUUAUGACUGAGGAGAUCUUUGGACCCGUUAUCACCAUUUAUGUAUAUAAGAAUUCUGAUUUGAUGGAGGCCAUGAAGCUGGUGCACACCACAACGCAGUUUGCGCUCACUGGCGCCGUUUUCGGACAGGAUGAAAGCUUUAUCAACUGUGCUUUGGAGGAAUUCAAAAUGGCUGCUGGCAAUUUCUAUAUCAAUGACAAGUCCACUGGCUCCGUGGUGGGUCAACAGCCAUUUGGCGGCGGCCGCAUGUCGGGUACCAAUGACAAAGCUGGCGGACCACAUUAUAUACUACGCUGGACGUCCCCGCAAUCUAUCAAGGAGACGUUUGUGCCGCUGCGCGACAUAAACUAUCCCUACAUGUGCGAAUAAGGGAUAAGACGGAAGCAAAUUAGAAAACGACAGGAAUCUCAUUUAAAACACUAACUCAUAUAUAUGUAUAUAUUUAUAUAAAUAUAUAUAUGUAUAUACAUAUAUAAAAGAAAAGGGGAAUGUAUAUGUAUUUUGUUGAACUAUUUUUAACAUACGCACCUUCCUAGUUAACCGCUACAUUUGUAUGUAGUUAAAUGUUAUAUCGAAUCUCUGCUGUAUUUUAAUCGCCUCAAACAAACAACCAACCAAAUGCCGAAAGAUGUUGUAAAUUGAUAUGCUGAUUACCAUAAUAAAAUCUCACCCGUACACAAACAUACUUCUAUAAUGUAACUCGAAUUAUAAACUAUGUUUUAAAUUAUAAAGUAAAGUUUUAAAACCGAUUGUGAUUAUUUAUUAAUUAUAACUAUAAUUUCGCCUCAAUUGAUUUUACUCAGCUUUGUUGUCACAGUCAAUAAUGCAAUGCAAUAAAGUUAAAUGUAGUUACUAAAGCUAACAGUAUACAAUAUAUACAUAUGCAUACACACAUAGAUAUGUAUACUAAUUAUUGUAUAUAUAUGUAUAUCAUGGUAUGCGUACACUAUACACACAAACUAUUUGACAAUACCAUUUAAAUACUGAAUGUGAAAAUUAUGAGUAUAUGAAAAGACGGAGCGAGGUUAUAUAAACUCAAAAUUGAAAUUCACUUAAAUAAAAAUAUGAAAUAAAAAUUGAUUCUCUUUGAUUGCAAAGCAUUAGGGAUGUAAUAUGAAAACCUCGAGUUUUAAAUUGAUCGACAUAAAACUCGACGCCAACUCUAAUCAAGCUCAUUUACGGCCAUGCUAGAUUAAACCGAAUUUUCUUUAGUAUCACUACAACUAUCGUACAUCGUACACCCCUUAGGAAACUUCAUAAUUUUUUCUUUUUUUUUUUUUAACAUAUAUUACAUUUUUUAUAUAUAUAAUAAUUAUUUUGUAAUAUGGCUCCUCCACGUGGUCCCAGUAGUCCCCGUAGUCCACGUUCUUUGACUCAUGUACGCAGCAAAGUUGUCGGAUCCCAGACAGAGAAUUUACGCGACUUAUUCGAGAUGAUAUAUUGCAGUGAUAAUCGGGAAACAAAUGACGAAGAUCUCAAACUUAUAAAUGAAAGCUUCGAUUUAUAUAUGUCGACAGAUAAAGAUUUCAACCAAGUGGAGACGGCUGAGUUGCAUCCCGUUCGCGUAUUCAUACAAGAACCCAGAUCGAAAAUUUGCUCAUAUCUGUAUGUGCUAAUGGGUUUUACAUUAUUUACGGGUUUUUUCAGCUGGCUUGCAGAUAUUCAAAGAUAGUGUGUUUCAUACAUUUAUUACAAAGAACUCACUUGGUCGGUCAUAAAAACUAAAUUGUGUGUUGAUUAAUUGGUGUGACUUAAGUUGUUACAAAUAAAGGCUUCGAAGCAUCAAA